AUGUCUUCGAUAAACGGUUCGAUUUCAGCAAUUCUCAAUAAGCCAAAUAAAACGACAGAUGAUUUACAACAAGUCAUCGACGAAUGGCACCAAAAUUUAUUGCGAAAUGAAGAACAUCUACUACAAUUUGCCAAUCAACUCGAACAGAAACAACAAUCUCUUAAUCAAACAACCAACUCGAUCAUUCAAACGCAGAAUUUAUUAGCCAAUCUUGAAAAAAACUUGCAACAAUUCCAGCUGUCAGUUCAAACACUAGCAAAAUACAAUGAUGAACUUGAAACUAGCGUUGAACAAUUGAAUGCCGACAAUCGUUCGAUCACCUACGAACUGAUGGAUUCAGUCGAUACACAUCUCAACGAACUUGAUCAAACGAUGAAGCAAAUUAAUAACGCCCUUCAGAUCAACACAGAUCAUUCCAUUUUGAAAACUACAGAUGAAUUACAAACAUGCUUUCAUGACGUUCAUAAUCUUCAAGAAACAAUUAAACAAAUAAAAAUUGAAUAA